AUGACAGCUUCCCAAAAUGCCUUACUGGUCUGCACACUGGUCAUCUAUAUUGCCCAAGCCUACAACCAACUUGUAACUUCUAUACAAGAUGAGGAAGAGCGUUGCUUGGGAGAAUUCGCCUCAGACCUAGGCCUGUGUCCUGAUACUCUGGCUUUCGAAACGACGCCGGGAGAGUGGAAGAGUAUCGCUAUGAAGGCUCUAAAAGCACAGAUCCUGGGAGUUUCGGACCAAAUGUCCGGCUGUUUUACGCAGUUGCUCAACAGGCUCAAAGAAAGGCAGCAGAUUUGGCACAGUGGGCGCUGUUUUGCCUACCGAGAGCCGGAUCAUGAGAAGGUCGGCCGGCCACCUUGUCUCACACUGAUCGGAGAAGCAGAGGACACGAUGAAACGAUUGAAGCUAGAAUCGUGA